AUGUCUUUCGAAAAGAGCUCUCGAAGCCGAAUGGCUCAUUCCACCAUUUCAACUGACACAACCACUGACGAUUCUUUUGAGGAAUUAUGUUUAGCACCAUCUCUCUCGCGGAGGGAAUACUCAGAAGAAAGCUUUGCAGGUUCAAAGUUUGCUGAAGCAAUGAACAACCCAGAUUGGCGUCGUCGACGCGAUGGAUACAGCGUUUCUGAGGUUACUGACACAACCAACAGCACAAAUCAAGCCAGCCCUCGCAGUCGUGAGGUUUCCCACAAAGAUAUAGAAGGAGGGUCUGUCUCCUAUAUGAGGAAUGGAAACAUAUCUCCAUGGACCUUCGUUGACAGUGCCAAUCAAUUCCAGCCUUGUCUUUGCAGUUCUGAGACUGAUAUCAAGGACACAACUGUGUCUUCUACCAACCAAGAACAUAGAGGUUUGGACCAUUUCAAUGUGCAGCCAGCCGAUGCCAUUAGUGGAUUUUGUACUGUACGACUCAACAUCGACCUGGUCGGUGGCCGCUACAAGGACCGCCAGCUCCGCGUUUUUCAGGUCUCACCCCUUCCUACUUAUGCUGCUAGCCCACAGGAGCAUGGAACGGCAAUCUCGAGUAUUGACCGAGAGGCUCCUAUUGCUUACGUACAACGUGUAGCCAGAAAACAGCGAAGAACUAAGCAAGGAACUGAUAACCGACCAGUGGAAAGAUGCCGAAGUCCUCACCAUAUUUUCCCCACAGAGCUCAGAAAUGAGAGUAAGCUCGACAAAGAAAGAACCGACAGGGCCAGGCAAGCUGUGCUCAAGGACCCAGCCGUUGCCAACAUCGGUAGCACACACGUAAAAUCCCAACCUAAGAUACUCAGUGGCCUGCCUUCGCCAGUUGAGCAAGCCAGAAAGAGCGGAGAACUCGAACGCAGAAAAGCAGCUUUCACGAAAAUUCUGCAAAAGCUCCAGCAAGGGUCGAAACAUGAGACUGAGAACACCAAGAGAGAUAGAAACAGGCCUUUAAUCGGCCAUGGUUGUCCCUGGGGUCCAAAAUCAAGCCAGCAGCCGAGCUCAUUUACGCAACAAAGCUCUGAUUCCGGCAUUGGCUCUCUAUAUAGUGACCCCCUGAGGAAUAAGGACACUUCUAAUGACUCCGGAAUUCGUAUUGAUUCUGAUGUCCUCACACACGGGUUGAACCCGAGAGCAAGGGAAUUCCUGUCAUUCAAAAGAAGUUUCCCGGCAACACCGCCAAGUCAGGGAGUUAUCAACUUUCCAGAAGACGGACUUUCUAAUAGUAUGGUACUAGGUCAGAGUGAGACUAGAAACGAAGACACUGUUGGAAACACCGUAAAGACCGCAUCACGUAACAUGGACGACGUUUCUAUCCCCCCCCUACAGUCCGGCAUUGGUGUCAACAGUACAAGGGGUACUUCGGUUCCAGAGGUAACUACAGCCGACACUAUCGAAGACGAUCCAGGAGAGUUUAACUACUCAUCAAAGAUAUCGCCGCCUGCCAAGUUUAGAUUCCCGGGCGGUGCUUGUGACCCUCCAGUGCGAGAUAUCCUCCCCCCUGGAGUGCUACCUGGUCUUGGGCUGGGCGGAAUCCUGGCAACGCCUGCCACGUUCGGCAACACGCCUAGCCUAGCAAUGUUCGGUCCUCUUCUACAACAGUAUCCGGUUGCAUCAGGCCCCUUUAUGGGUACUUCUGCAGCGCCCCAGGUGCUCUUUAACUCAAUGCUGGGAGGUGGUUGUUUUUCAGCUCGCCCGCACCCUGUUCCCAAACCAACGAAUCCUGACCCAAUUCAACAGCAGCAAUAUGAAGAAUACAUUGAAUGGCGUAAAGCAAAUGAGCCUGGAUACGCACUUGCAUGCAAAGGUCGGCAACAACGCCGUGCCCAACGUGGUUCAGCCACGCAACCUGUAUCAAUGCAUCACGCUUCGUGCGAUGGAGCUCAAAUGGUGCAAUGA